AUGGGCCGUCUUUUCUCGUUCCCAAUUCUACUAGUAUCAGUCACCGUUUUCCUUCAAUUUUCGAAUUCCAUGAGCUCUUCAUUAAUUCACAAGACAUGUAAGUCAACGAUUGACUACAAAUUCUGUAUCCACACCCUAGAUUCUGAUCCUCGAACUGCAAACGCAGAUCUUGUUCGUCUUGCUAACAUCUCUCUCGAUCUAACGUCACAUAAUGCUACGGACACACAUGGAUACAUCUCUCACUUGCUGGAAAAUGCCACCGAGCCUGCAAUGAAGAAAUGGCUUAACCUUUGCUUUGAAAACUACGACUACGCGCUUGCUGGGAUCUCAGAUGCAAUCAUGUCUUUGGCUUCUCAGGUUUAUGAGAAUCUCGAUUUAAGUGUUCAGUUUGUCGGUGCUCAAGCUCGAAUAUGCGAAGAUUCGUUUGGAGAGAAGGGUCAUAAAUCGCCAUUGAGUCUCAGAAAUGACGACCUGAAUCGUCUCUCUGACAUCGUUUCAACUAUUGCAUCUAUCCUUAACCCGGAUCAUUGA